AUGAGCGACCCAAACACCAGCGCUGGCUCCACCAGUGCCCUCCCAUCUGCCACACCACCUUCUUCGACAGCAGCCAUCCUCGGCGCAAGCACAGGUGGAUGGUCUCCUCUUCGAACCUCUAAACGAGGGUCCACUGUAUCCUAUUCACAAGCUUCCCCCGAACACACCAACGAGGACCAUCCUUCGCUUCACAGCCCAAAGAAGCAGACACAAAACUUCAAGGCGCUUCGUGGGCAUGGCCUCGUUUCCAACAGCAUCUUCAAACAGAUCGAUGGUGGCAGUCAGCCAUCUUCGCUCACCAAUUCUCCCCUCGGCUCCCCGUCUCGCAGACAGCUGCCCUCUCCCUCCUUUGGUCUUGGCAUCGGCAUCUCCAACUCGCCCAAAGCCGUCCAGCAGAGCUUGAAGCACGACGCUUCCCCUCUCGCUCACGACGCGGAGAAUAGCGAUCCCUUCAACCUCUACGCCACCGUUCCCGCCGCCAAAGGUCCGCAGCGCAAGAUUCCGCGCAAAAGUCUGGGCCGACUGCACGAGUCCAACUACGUCAGCAACUCGGUCUUUCGUCAGCACAAUGGAAACGCAGACCAAGUCUCGUCACCACCCCUCACGCCCACUCGCGCAGCAGGCCAGCCGCCAAACCAUUCCAGUCCUGCCUCUGCCUCCAAAGGUUUGCUUGUAUCCAACAGGCUUCACGGUCCACGAUUCAUGAGCGGCUCUUCCCAAGCCUCUCCUGCAGAUCUUGGUUCAAGGAUCGAAUCGCCCAGCCCACUCCGCCGCGAGCGCAGGAAGACUGUCACCUUUGACGAGAUCCUGGACGUCCAAGAAUUCGACAAGGAGAGCAGCUUCGAUGCCGACAGCAUCUACGACGACAACGAAGAACACGCCCCUGUCGCGCAAGAUGCCGAUUUCUGGAUGCGCGGCAGUGCUGCAGCAAAUGCACAAUCCUCCGCGCCGCAGCUCCAGGUCGUCAACGCCGAUGCUGCACAGGUCUCCUCUGACGAAGCUCCCGAUCUUGUCUCCGGCGAGUCUGAACCGGAUCUUUCCCACGACAGCAACGAGACCUCCUCCGUCGAAGGUCCUCCCAGUCCCAUCCCCGGCGACGCUAGCCUCCCACUUCAGGAUCUCUCUGUGGAGCUUGAUGCAGCUGCCACUCCGUCCUGCGACGAUGAGCGAGGCCUGGUGCCCGAGCGCGAAAACAGCUUCGCUCGUCUCUCUGCUGCCGAUCGCGUCGAUAGCAUGAUGGAUGAGCUCCUCCGAAACGACAUCCUCACCAGUCCUAGCGUACGUGCUGGGCAGCUCGAGGCCAGCUCACGAGAUGUACACGAGCCGCUCUCUGCUCAGAUCGAGACGGUCGCCGAUCCUCCGCGCCCUGAUCAGGCAGCGCUUCCUCCACUUCCCGCAUGGACUCCGAUCAGCCUCGAUGUCGAUGUACCCUCGUCUUCCCUCGGCGAAUUUGGCCGCAGCAGCACGCAGCCCAUGGUUGCUCAAGCGUCGUCUCCGAUCCCACCUCCAACAACUCGCAUCGGCUCGAUCCGCGGUCGACCUCACAUUUCUCGUGACGCCAUCCUCCAGCGUGUCGCCAAAGAGAAGCUAGCCAGGGAGCAAGCGAUGUCCGAGCCAGAUACCAUCAACGCUCACAGCCGUCCUACGCUGGACGCAAGCACAAACGAUUCGCCUGCUCUGAAGCUCAACACACUUCAGCAAAGGCGAAUGCCGCGUGGUAGCGAGCCUGGCCCGUCCAUGUCCUCUACUCAAGAGGCGGCGGUGUCGCAUCCAAAGAACCUUCCUGCGGGACGCCCUAGUGCGCCUCUUCGUCUGAUGCCAACAGAAGUCAUCGCUACAGAGACAAAGCCGCUCCCUCCUCCGAGCCCCGUCAAGGAACUCGACCAACUCGCUAGUCCCCUAGACUUGUUGGGCACGGAGCUGAAGGUGACGGCGAAUCUCGACGAGCCAACGACGCAGCGUGUCAACGCUAGCGCCAGCGUUUCCGAGCUGCCGCUCCUCGACAGCACCGAGUCCCAUUCCGAAGGACGCCUCUUCCCCGACAUGCCGCAAGAACCAAGCGAUCGCCAAGAGCGCAACAGUCCUGCUGCUCAUCUAACACCGGCUCAGCAAGCCGAUCAGAUCAUCGCGCGACGCCGAAGCAAGAACGGCAAAGCACGUCGCAAGAGGAGCAUGAGCACCAGCGAUGCGCGAGCCACCUUCACCGCUGCUGCCGCCGACACUUCCGAUGUCGACACUGCCAGCACUUCGACCACGACCAACUCCAACAGCGAACGAGACGACGAGCCUGUCGAGCUUCCGACGCGUCAAAGCAUCAGCGCCGACCUCGUCAAGAGCAAGGCCGUGCUCGACGUCAGCCUUCAGCGCGCUAUCGACGGCGGCUUCCAGACUCAUAUGGAGAAGGAGUUGCUGCGCAUCUACGAGAAGGUCGACUCCAACUACAACGUCAACGACCGUGGCGCGUUCAAGGGCGUCGACGACAAAGUCACCCACUCGACAGCUGCGGGCGAUGUUGACAGCGGAAAGGCCUGGAAGAAGUUGCGUCGACCUAGCGAUAUCAACGAAUACAAAAAGGAGAUGCGCGAAUUCCGCGAAAGCUCCAACGCCCGCAAGGCUGCGGGCAAGGUCUUCGUCAUGGUCGACUCUUUCACGCCAACCGACCUUCCGGUGCCGUCGCGCCCGACCUCCUUCCACUGCAUCCUCGACAACGGAUUGCACAUGGUCAAGACAGCCACAGUGCCGCUCAGAGCCGGACGCGGCGCGACCAGCACGAUCGGCCAGGAGUUCGAACUGAUUCAGCACAAGAACCUCGAAUUCAGCUUGACGUUGGUGGUGCAACGCGACGCUCACCUCGUGGAGCCUCAGCGUCCUCCGUCGCCGACGCGCCGUGAGCAUGGAAGCCCGACGCUCAAGGGUCUUAGUCGCCUCUUUAGCAGCCCCAAAAAGCAGGCGGCAAGGCGAGAGCAGCAGGAGCGUGAAGCAGCGGCAGAGUUUGCCCAGCAGGCGUCGCGGGUCGAGCCCAUGCUUGCCUACAUCAACCGCGAGGGAGCCUUUGGACGCACCGGCGUCCUCUUUGAGCGCGUCGCCAGCCAAUGCUACGCCCGAUGCAUGGUGCUCGAUCUUCCGGUUCACGGCGUCUCGAACCCGACAGGUAGCAUCUCCGGCCCGUCCAGCGUCGCAUCGCGUUCGCACGUAUCGAUGCUCUCGCAAGACUUCCGUCAGAAUCUGAGCAAGGUGCGCGGCACGCUCCGCCUCAAGCUGUUCUUCCUGCCUCCCUUGCCGAGCAUCCCUCGCGAUGGGCUUCCGGAAAAUCUGGGCGAGUGCCUGCGCGGAAUGCAGAACGCUGCUUGGCACAGAUCACAGCCUUGGCAGACAGGCACGUUGACGCAGCUGGGUGGCGACUGUGCAAGCUGGCGUCGUCGUCCCGUACAGGCGCAGGGUCAGCAUCUGAUCUGCUAUAACGCCGUGACCAAGAAGCCGACCGUCAAGAUCGACCUUUCCAAGGCGGUUUGCAUCGAAGAAGUGGGCAACCACGUCAAUGCGGGAUCCAUGAUCUUUCCUUCGGGCGCCAGUCAGGCUCUCGGCAGGUCCAGGACCAUGGCGUCGUAUGCAACGACGGCGACGCUGGCCGAAGAAGAGGAUGCGGACGCCAACUACCACGUCGAGCGUUCCUUCCGCAUCACUUUCGCCGAUGGAGAGCGGAUCAGCUUCUUCGCUGACACCGAGGCGGAAAAGUCGCAAUGGGUCAAGGUCAUCUCGGACAUCAUCGAGAGCGAGGUGCCACCUAACCCGCUGUGGGCUCAGGCGCUUCUCGAGGAGAUGGGUGCACAGACAUCCGGCAGCAUCAACAACGGCGGCCGAAAGCCGAGUCAGCAGAUGCUGCAAUCGCGCAAGCCGGUGCCUACCGUUCCCGAAGAAGUCGAGGCAUCGCCCACAGUGAGCACUCCUACUCCAUCGCGUCGACCGGACGCUGCCGAGCUGGACCACGCCAGCCGCAUCUCGCACCACUCGACGGCUUCACAGAGCAGCACGCCAUCGCGCUUGCCCAUCAGAGCGCCGCACAAUGUCGCACCUUCGACACCGACCUCGGAACGAGGCUCGAUGCGAGGAGCCCCUAUGGCGCCGAGACCCGUGUCGAUGAUCCGCACACCUGUCCACGAUGCGUCGAAUCGGGCAGCAUUUGAUCGCCUGAAGCGUGCUGGCCAUGCUCGCGCGCAGACCGAGGACCUCACUCCUCUCCGACGUCGCUGA